GUGGGGUACGUUGCUGAAGCUAACCUUUAACUAGGCGAUUUGUGUCUCGUACAUAUGAUAAGAGAGACUACAUAUGUCACCAUAAUUUAGGUACAUAGGUGUUGAGCUAUUCAAAUAAAGCUUCAUGCCAUGUCCCUUUGGCAACGGACGGGUACUCUAAAGGUUUUGUCGGAGCAUAUUUCUAAAUUCUCUUCUAACCCUCUUCCCCGCGUUCAUCAGGUUGGAAAACCAGCCCUCACGUUGAACUUUACUGGUGCGAGUAGAAGCUAUAGACUCCAACCGCGGAAUUUCAAGUCUUGUUAUACUGCUAUAAGACAAGAGCGUACUUUUAGCUCAUCUAGAAUCAUGGCAGCUCCACCGGCGGCUAGUCUCACGGAUGCGGUGGUUGCUGCGAUGAGAACACUUUUCCCGGAAGAACUAGCAGAUAAUGCGUGGGAUAAUACAGGAUUACUUCUCGGACAAGCCCCCUUGUCGUCAUCGUCAGUGUCUAAAAAGGAGACUGGCGGUACUGUUCUUCUCACUAAUGACUUAACCUCCGCUGUGGUUGACGAGGCAUUGGCAGAAGGAGCUAAUAUGAUUGUCUGCUAUCAUCCCAUUAUCUUUAGACCUCUAAAAUCCCUUACUACUAAAGACCCUAUGCAGACGCUCCUCUUACGGCUAGCAGCUGAGAGGAUCUCCGUCUACUGUCCCCAUACGGCCAUGGACGCGGCGAGUGGAGGACUUAACGACUGGCUUUGUGAUAUCCUGUUGGGCGGGGAACACCAGGUGAAGCGAACAGUCGUCCAGCCCAUUUCCAGGCCUCUACCUGAAGGGCACCAAGGCACUGGCUAUGGACGAGCAUUCGAACUAGCUCAACCCGUCAAUUUGCAGACCCUUCUGCGGCGACUCUCUGCUGGCAUAGGCAACCAGCGUUAUAUGAUGGUCGCUCUGCCACCAUCACUGAAGGACCUCACCAGGACGCAGGAAAUCACCAAGGUAGCUGUCUGUGCAGGUUCGGGUUCUGAUAUCUUAAAAGAUACCGAUGCUCAGGUCUUGGUGACGGGUGAGAUGGCGCACCAUUAUGCGCUCCGGCAUAUCCAGUUGGGUCAGAUUGUCGUCACCGUCUUCCACAGUAACUCGGAGCGGAAGUACCUAGAGACGAGAUUAAAGCCCAUGUUGGAGGUCGAAUUGGAGACGACGGCGUACGGAGACACCCGCAUAAUUGUUAGCAAAGCAGACCGUGACCCAUUCGAGGUCAUUGACGUUAGAGACCUAGCUUAAGCACUCGAUGCGACGGCUUGUUGACCUGGUCGAGUGUGUAAUUAACAUGGCGGUCGGCCACUGUUCGUCGAUGCUGGCCUAAUAGACGGUUCCAUUCAAUGACGCUUCAAUCGUUCACCUUGUCGCUUAGAACAUCAUUCAAUCCAAAUGCUCAAUCAUGCCGAGUCUUGGGUAUUCGAAUCCCUCCAAUCUCCCUUGCUCGGCUCACCUUUCAAAGCCGCGUCGCCGUCUUCUAUGCACGCGUCCACGUCUAAACCACCGAUACCCUGUUCCUUCCAUACUAAUAGAAGUCUGCGUGG